GUAGAAUAUUGAACUUCCAAAAGAAAAUUCGUUUGUCAUAGGCAUGAUACAAAAAUCGAGUUUACUUCAAAAUUGAAUAUCACAACAACAAAAAAAAAACAUUCCUUUCGACUGAAACUUCUAGAAUAUUGUACGAAUCAUUAGACGAUCUAUCAAUGGACAAAUUUUCAGAUUGAAAUUUCAUUGUUUGAUUUUUUUAGUAAAUAUCUAACGACAAGUCGAAAAUUCAUUAAAACGAUUAUAACUUGGCUAUUUGAACGCCUUCGGCGACAAUCACUGUCACAAAUAUGCUUACGUUGAACAACAGCAUAAAGACUGAGUGCAUGAGUCAAAUUUAGUAAUUCAUUUUUUUUGACUAGUUUUUUACAAAACAUUACAAAGUUUGACAAUAUCCCAACGUUGUGUAGGUUUAAAAAUUUUACUUGACGUCUUUUCAUACAUAAAUCGGUACUAAGCUGCAUCUUGCUUGUUACACAGUAGACAAGAAUUUUGUUGAGCACCACUUUUAAGGGUGAGAUAAUCAUAUUGUUUGUUGAAAAGUGAUUAAGGUUUGAUAGACAUUUUAGUCUAUUCUAUUCGACACUAAUAUAAAGAUUCUAUUUUUCAGAAAAUUUUUAAAAAAAGUGUUAGCAAUACUUCUAAGUCAGUGAGUGAUCUAGGAUUUUGGAAACGAAGGAGGCAAUUAUAAGCAGAACACAUUUUCAGGACUCAUGUAAAGUAGUGUAAACUCGUUUUUUAGUUUGUUUGGAAAAAUUUCUUGCAGACGGAAAGUCGUUUCUUCUCUCUAAAUCUGCCACAUUGUUAUAAGUGGUUUCUACGAAAAACUAAAGUUUUUUGACAUCAUUUGAAAAUUUUUUUUUGAGUCUUUCCUAAAUUGACUUUGCUGCACUGUUUAUAUCUAACAAUCGAAGUUCAUUAGAUUCAGUAAAACAUUUUACCAGAAAAAGAACAUAUGGUUAUAAUUACAAUGUGUUUUAUUGUUUUUUGAAAUAAAGCAAAGUUCGGGAAAUGUUUGAACAUCUCAAGCAUUGAAAGAUAUGUACACAAUCAAUAUGAAUAAUAAUAAUUAAAUGAUAUUUGUGAUGAUGAUUUUUAUUUUUAUCAUCCCUAUUUAAACUUUAAUAUUGUAAUAUUUUUUUCUUUGUACAAUUAAAAUAAACUAUUGUUUUUAAAAUAUUCAUCUUACUUUCACUCGUCUUUUAUUUUCAUAUUAACAUUCGUUGAAGAUAAAAUAAAAUUUCAAUUUCAACAAUUGAAUAAUAAUAUUCAUGUACUGAAUGAGACACAAAAAAAAAAUCUAGGGUUAGUUUUUCAUUUUCUCGUUCAUUCUUAUAUUUUUCUUUGUUUUUUGAGACUACCGACAAUGCCUCAGAUAAUAUCAAAGAAAAAGAAAAAGAUGUCUACUAAUGAUUUGUAUUAUUCAAAAAAAACAAAUUGACCUGAUUUUUCUAUGUUAAAAUUGCUAGUCAAUUUUAUCGUUUGUAUAGUUGUUUCUUCGUUUCUAACGAAGUUUUAUUCCCUAAGAAAAAAAAAAUAGAUAUAUAUAUAGUGUUGUUUCCCUCGUUGUAUUGUCUACUUUAAAGAAAAUCGGAAAUAAAAUACGAAGAAAAACGAGAAAAAGAAAAAUGAGAAAUGCUUUCAUUCUAUUUUACUUACAAUUGAAUACGAUUGUAAGUUGUUUUUUGCUCUAUCGACAUUUUUGAAAUAAUUAAUAUUUUGAAGAACUAUUUCCCUAUUAGACUUAACGUACUGUAAGAAAAUCAUGACUUUUAAAGGCAUGCUAAAAAUUUUGGUAAAUGAUUAUAAAAAACAAUAUGUAAGUUAUCUGUAUGAUAGAAAAUAUUAUUAUUAUAAGAGAGAAUAUUUAACUAUGUUUUUUUUGUUUCUUAAUAUUGAAAUUUAUAUUAUAAUUUUAGGACGAAAAAAUGUUUUCUAUUGCUGAUGAACUCGUAAAAACACGUCGUGAAUUACGAGAAGUUAAAGAACAACUUCAUACUUUACAAUUAGGUUCGGGUUCAUCAUCGCCUGAUAUAGAAAGUCCUGUCGUACCUACAAUAAGUCUAUUUAUUCAAUAUAAAGGAUUUUUUAAUGAAUUAUGUGAGAUUCGUCAAACAAUGACUGUUAAAGAACUAUUGAUCAAAAUUCGUCCAAUAACAGGAAUUCCUCUUGAUCAUUCAAUACGUCUUCGUGUACUUAGUGAAGAUGGUUUAAAAACAUUAUUUUUUCUUGAUGAAAAACUUGAUCGUACAUUAGAAUCUUAUGAUGAUAAUUUAAAACCACGAAUGAUUUUAAGUAUUGAACAUAAUGAUGAAUUUGAUUGUAAAAGAAAUACUCGUCAACGAUCAAGAAGUUUAGGUUAUAGAAAACGAACGUAUUCAUAUGGAUCUGAUGUUUAA